AUGAUGGUGUCUUCCCCCGUGGCUAGUCCUUCCUCAAUAUCCCCGGCCAGCAGCUCACAACUUGGUAAGCGGCACGGACUCAGCGAGGACGCACAGGACUCCGGCGCCGGCGCCGGCUACGGCCACGGCUAUGCCCACGACCCGGGCCACAGCGGCAACCCGUCGUUGUCCUCCUCCUCCGGGUCGCGGCCCAAGCGGGCGCAGGUCUCGCGCGCUUGCGCCCGGUGCAAGAGCCUCCGCCGCGCAUGCAACGAGUACCGCCCGUGCAAGCGCUGCGUCGACGCCGGCCUGGGCGACCAUUGCCUCGGCCUGCCCGGGCCCGUCCCUCUCGCCUGGGUGUCGGACGGCUCCCAGGCCUUCGGCUACGUGCCGCGCGAGGCCGUCCAGCGCAUCGCUGACCUCCUCCCCGUGCGCGUCAUGGACUACUGCGUCGAUCGCUUCUUCGACCGUCUGAACCCCACCACCCCCAUCUUGACGCCCGACUACGUCGCCCACCUCAAGGUCAUCGCGGGUCCCUCCGAGCCCGGCAUCGAGGCCCACUGCCUCCUGACCGCCCUCUGCGCCCUGGUUCUGCUCCAGGUCGAGGAGCCCGAGAGCCUGUGGCAGCAAGGGCUGAUCCCGGAGAAGAACGCGAUGCACGGCCGCAUGCUGAUGUCGACAUCGCCCGCCACGGGAGCCUCCUACUCUCCCAUCCACCACAGCCAGGCCUUCCUGUUCCUGAGGGAGGCCACGACGCUAUUCUUGCUGCUGCGGCUCAACACCGAGGCCGCACCGCGUAGGCUGGCCGACCGGCUGUUCUGGGUGCUCCUCGUGUCGGAACGGUCGCACGGAAUCCGGUACCGGCGGCCCGUGACGCUGCAGAUCACGGCCGAGUCGCCGGCUAUGGACGACGACGACGACGACGACCCGGCGCUGUCCGGCUUCUGGAGCCUGGCGGCGCUAUUUAGCCCGCUCGACACGUCCUUCAUCGCGCUGCUGAACCAGGAAAAGGUGGCGACGCCGCCGUCCAACGCGGCGCUGACGCACGUCGAGACGGCCGUCAACGCGGCGCUGCGGUCGACCUCGGACCUCAAGGACACGCAGAAGGCAAACCUGCGCGUGACGCAGCUGUGGCUGCGUAUCAUCCUGUGGCAGCUCCGCCUGCGCUUCGGCUACCUGGCCGAGGAGUCGGCCCACGCGAGCAUGACUUACCACUACCCGCUCGAGGUCGCCAAAGACCUCGUCCUGUCGACGCGGGACCUGCCCGUCGACAGCAUCAGGGUCCACGGCGUCGGGCUCACCGAGAAGCUCUUCGACAUCGCCUCGGCCGCCGUCGACGUCCUCGCCCGCGUGCCCAUCACGCCGUCGAGCCCGCACGGUAGCGUCGGCGCCGCCGGCCCGGGCGAGGACCUCGACUACAUGCGGCGCCUCAUCACGCGGCUGCCGGGCGGCAACUCUAUUUACGACGACCUCCUGAACAAGCACAUACAGCAGGCCGUCCCGAGCAUGGCCAUCGUCGGCGAGGGGCCGCCACGCCACCCUACAUGA